GCACACAAGAGCAAACCUUAAUUCCUCGAGCAGUUCCUCAUCUGUAGCUGCUAUCCCGGCACGGGCGGAGAAUCAUUUUUCGUACGACCCGGGAGCCCUAGGUGGUUUCGGGCAGUCUCUGAUCGAUYGAAACCCGCUUCGUCGAGGCUUCRCUGAUCGAAACGGUGACACAGGCACUGGUUGUAGGCRUUGGUUGCAAGCUCUCCUCGUUAAAGAAUACUAGAGCACCAUGACAGAUACUCCCCAGCUGGCUGAGAUUGCGAUAAUCUCGCCGGAGCUGGGUCUGAAAACCGACGACGUUUCGGAUCGAAGAGCCCGCCAGGCAGCGGCGGAAAUUCUUGCGUCCGACCACAACAACACMAAUGGCGACGAAACCGCUGGUUUGUCGUCGCAGCCGCAGCAAUCGUCKGUGCUGGAACAAGACCAAGGUCUUCUCAUGGACGUUCUCAAAGAGCUCGACAGGGAACGACAAAAGCGUGCCGAGCUGGAAGCCCGGGUACGGGUUUUGGAGCAGGAGGUCCAGUUCCAUCGAAAAAAGAGCACCACCAAAUCGAACAAAUCGUCCAAAUCGUCCGAAGCGUCCGUGAGGGACUACACGAUUGUCAAAACAGAGCGAGACGGAUACAAAGAAAUCCUAGAGGCCAUCACGCAAGACCGACCCGCUUUUUCCACCUACGCCCCCGACGACAACAUACAAAAGAGAAGGUUUGGCCGCCGAAACAAACAGCAGCCACCGAGCCUUCCCAUCCACAUCGUGCGGCUCCUCGAGGUGAUGCCGUGGGAUUCCCGUGCACAGCAGUACGUUUUUGGAGAAGAGCACGUUUACGAAUGGCAGUUUUAUUCCGCCGGCAAGAAGUGGCAGAAAGAACUCCGCUACUUUCCCACUUUUUUCAAAACCCUGCCCAUCGUUGUGCCUUCACCAGGAAAGAUUGUCUCCGACGAUGCCGCGACGAAAAAACACCGUCGUUUUGGCAGCGCCAACAUCGCUCCACCGAAGCAGUGCGUCUUGACCGAUCUAGAGGGGAAAACAAUUUUGAACAUCGACAAGGGAUACCCGCUUCCCGAAGAUGGAGGAGGAUGGGCUUGGGUUGGGGCCUGGAAGGUCGAAAAGAACAACGACACGGACGAAGACGGAUGGACCUAUUCAAAUGAAACCAGCAUCAUGUCGGAUCCUUCCACAUACUACGGCGAGUUCCGGGUUCCGGAACAGGGCACGCCAAACAUUGCAAAACGCCGGCGCAAAUGGAGCCGGUCACGCGUCCUUACGGACUACCCAUAUGCGUCCCAGAUGACCCGGGAGUAUCUGAAACUGAUCACGGAAAAAUCGAUUAUGGACUCCAACAUUGUGAAACUCUCGGGGCAACUCGUCGACACCAAAAUGAAUCUAACGACACUCGAAGCAGAGAAAGAACAAACCGACGAACGAAUUCGUACGCUUGAGCGCGAUCUAGAGGACAAAAACAAGAUUUUGGGCCUGGUAGAAGUUGGAGCCGGAUUGCAAUUGACUAAGGCAACAUCAGCAGCAGCRGAUACCUCCGAUGCUUCCAUAAAGUCAACGGAUUCCGCAAAUAAGGUAGACGAAAUCCGAUCCGCUGUGACCCAGUGGGUUUCGAAUACGGUCCAGAAAGCCGAUGGUGACAACAACACUGUCGUUUCCAAUGGUUCCGGUGAAGAAGCAGCUCUGAUCACAAAGUUGGUUCAGCAGCAGCAACAACAACUGCGGCUGCAUGAUCCCAAGCAGCAAUUGUUUGAUUCCAUUCGUGACAAGGGCACGGGCCUGUUCGAAAUCUUGAAACAAAAAGGCGAACAGCUGGACAAGAUCAAACAGGGCGGCGGCGCAGGUGGAGUCGGACUUCCCUGGCAAAAAAAGGAGGAAGACGCCGACACCGACAGCAAGGAAACCGAAGACCCMGAAUCUUCMACUUCCUCUGCUGCUUCGGCGCCGACGAAAUCCAAUGUGUAUACCCCCUCGGCGCGAAUGAGAUUCUUGAGCAGUGGUAGCAGCAAAGACUGAUUAAAAUUUGUUUCCCUCCCUUUUGACGAGGAGUAUUAUAUCAAGCAAUGAUCAUUAUUUUUAUUUCAACCGAUAUUCAUGGUAAGCCCCCAUAUAGGCGUGUGUAAAUAUAAUCAUGAUCUAGRG